AACAGUUGCAGUAACAUACCAUGGACGACAACUCCAUCAAAGGGAUUUGUCUCUCUCUCUUCUUCCUGGACACAAUGUUCUUCGGUUGCCUCCCCUAUCUCCUCGUGGGCAAAAGCGGGAGCGCUGUCUCUCCCCGCUCCGCUCGGAUUCGAACUACUAUCACCUCGUACUUGAACUGUUUUGCUGGUGGAGUCUUCCUCGGUGCUUGUCUUCUGCAUCUCAUGGUGGAAGGACGUGAGACGCUGGAUGAGUACUUUGCGCUGGCAAACAAGGAUGUUGACUUCCCCGUGUACGAGUGUGUGGCUGCAGCCGGCUUCUUCCUCAUAGCUCUCAUCGAGCAGCUGGCUCACAAGUGUUUGGAGCACGCGGACACUGACCUCCACCAAGAUGUGUCCAUUAUUGAAAAUCAGGGCGGGAUCCAGUUAUCGCAGCUUUCGGCAACAAACGGUGGUCACGUGAACACACUCAGCUACAUUUCCACUGAGUCGGACAACAUCAUACUCAACAACAACGGUGCUGAAAACGGCUCAGCGGCUGAUAGACAAGGUGUGAGGGACGGGACACAAGUGAAUCCUCUAAAAACAGAAAGUGACGCAAAUUCCACCUCCAGGGGUCCGCAAGCUGUGCACGUUCCGACAAGUUUCAAUGACGACUUGGAAAAGAAAAACAUGUUUAAAAUGAUGGAGGUCCGUCCCAUGAGGGCUUUCCUACUCCUCGGGGCGUUCUCCUUCCACACGGUGUUUGACGGUCUGGCAGUGGGUCUUCAGCAGGACAGCUCCAACAUCUGGCAGGCGAUGAGUGGGGUGAUCGCCCCUGACCCGACCCGACCCGACCCGAUCCCACCCGCAACGGGCACACCUGUAUAA